AUGGUAGAUCUAACAUCAAAUAAAGCAAUGACAACAACGCUGGAUGUUGUCAAGCCCAUAAGACAUAUUAACGAAGUACACCAUACACGUGAUGACAUUAUUAUCCAAUGUGUCCGUUUGGCUAAUGUGCAGCUGGGCAUUGACGUGACUGGCCUGGAUUUGCAGGGCGAAUUGAGCGCCUCGGAUUUCGACUACCUUGUUGUGGAUUCAAUAACGGGAGGUCUAACGAACAUAUUGCAUAAGGUUACGAACACGAAGAACGGAAUGCACGUGGCUGUACGUAUAUUUGGACACAAGACAGAUGAAUUCAUUGACCGUUCUCGUGAACGUAUUAUCCAACAUCACCUUUGUCUACAGGGCUUCGCUAAGCACGUGUACGCUCACUUCGAGGGUGGGCAGAUUGAGGAGUGGCUUCCGGGUGAAGCGGUGUCUGACGCUGAUUUCCACAGCUACAAGUAUAGCCAUCUGAUCGCACGGCAACUACACCGGUUGCAUACAUUGCCUGGCCAGCGUGAGCUGUAUCUGGAGCUGCAUCCGCACAUUUCGGCGGGUGUAGACGUGAAAUUCGAGUCCGACCUGUGGCCGAGCGUGUGGAAGUUUUACAAUCUAUGCAUGGCCAACAUAGAGCAGCUGGAGCCAAUCAUCGCUGGGAAGUUCAGCCUCACUGAACUAAAAGAAGUGAGUUACUCAAUUAGGAGCCACCCAAACAUGAAAUUACAGCACAUAGAACGAAUGCAAACAUACUGCGACAGUGUGAGGUCGCCCGUUGUGUUGUGCCACUGUGACCUUUUGAAUGCAAAUGUGAUAAUAAAUGGACCAGAAGAAGCGAAAUUUCUGGACUUCGAGUAUGCCUGCUUCAUGGAGCGGGGUUUCGACAUUGCAAACCACUUCAUAGAGCACUGUGGCAUAGAAUGCAAUUGGAACGAUAUACCGGAUGAAGUGGAGCAAAGGCGCUUUCUUGUUUCUUAUAUCGGGGAUAUUGCCGCCGACUCCGAUGUCGACAUGUUAUACAUGGAAAUACAACCGUUCUUCAUCGCCGCCAAUAUAUAUUGGGGACUGUGGGGAUUUCUUCAAUGCAUAUAUUCGUCGCACGAAGUCGACUACCCCCAUUAUGCUAGAAGUCGUGUAACGUCUGCGAUUCAUGACGAACGUUGGAAGCUGUUCGGCGGCAGAUAA